GUGAGGCUCUCUUUUAUAUAGCUCUGGUGCUUUGUUUGUACCUUCUGCUCUCUGGGAAACAUUAGCCUCGGGGCAGGGAACAAGACAUGGGGACAUUUCUCUUCAGUUGCUUCUCACCUGUGAGCUGCUGAGGAGUCGGCAAGUAAAAGUAUCAGGUGUAAAAUAUUGAUGGUGCAACAGGUGUGAUCCUAAACGCCCGGCGGGUCUUUGCCCUUCUGAUCGAUGUAUCACACAGCGAGGGGCUGCCAGCACCCCCGCCACAGGCCGAACCACGGACGUCAGUACUGAUUCACCGAGCCUCACUCCUCCUGCAGCAGGAGGAGAUGGAGGUGGUGGGGAUGGCGAGUGGGCAGAGGGAGGUCAGGGCGACCAGCCGCUCGUCCGUGAGCUUUGGUUCAUCGUAGUGAUGGCAGCCGUGGCUUUGCUGCUGCUGGCCAUCGUGUUGGGCGUCAUGCUCCAUAAGGCCCUGAACAAACCUCCCUUCACCAGAGAGAGGCCCCCGCUGGUGGCCCUGCCCAUGCAGAAGAGGAGCCCCAUGGCUGUUUACCCACCCAGCAACUCUGUUCUAUUCGACACUGUGCCUGACACAACAGGCUUCUCCAACAGUGUAACACUCAAGGGCUUCACCAUGAAGACUGAGGAAGUGCUGGAAGCUAAAUGUGAGCCCAUUGAUGAGGUCCCACCACAGGGCGAGCUGGGGAUCCUCAGUGUAAACUCUCUGAGACGCAGCGUCAGCCAGGUGAUGGACGGGAAGUCCCUCACAGGAGACGAGGAAACGUGGGACCCAGACAUUUCAGGCCAUGACAGUGGGAUGUUUAUGGACGACGAGGAAUUCGUUGACACUGUCAAAGGUUUCAGCACAGUGAGGAAGGAGCACACCAUGUUCACUGACACCAACCUGUGACCUGAGGGUGACCUUUGAACCUGACAGGGCGCUGGCUUUGGAUGUUUAACAUUUUGACAAGCGAGGUCACUUACUCACUAAAAUCCUGACCAGUUGAAGUACCAGUGUCGCUGGUAACAACACCGUGAAAACAAAGGAAACGUACCUAAUGACAAGAUCACGGGAGAAACUGUGGCAACUGGGAGGAAAAAGGAAGUGAGGAUGUGACAGUCCUGAUGUUAAACUGGUCAAGAUCUAUUACUUUUGAGAGGGAAGCAGGAAGCACCUGUUAGUGCUGAGAACUGAGGAUACAAACUCAGAGCACACACUGAGAAAAAGACAAAAGAAACCAAAGAUAACGUCUGAUGAUGCAACAGAAUGUAGUUGUCUAUUUUUCAUUCUAUAGAGAGAGUAUACCUUUAUUUGGUAAUUUUGUAAGAGGCAUAUUUAUAAUUUUUAUUUUUUAUUUUACAUACAUAAAUUUCCAUCCAGCUCUGCAUGCCUGGAAACUUUUGUCAUCUUGAAAUGUCUUUGGAUGUUUUUUGGUGAUGCAAUAAAUCUGUCUGUCUGGUGAAUCUGAGGAAACUUUAAUCUGUCUAGUGGAUGCAGCUUUUAGAAUUUUACAUAUCAGGUUCUCCUCGGGCAGUCCAGUUGCCAUGACAAAAUGUGGGCAUUGUACAUUUCUGAAAAACCUCCAAUAUAUGUUACAUUUGCACAUACAUAUGUAUGGUAUCAGUGUUUCUGAAGUGAUGUAGUAUAUGAGCUGACUUUGUCAUCCGGAGAUGGAAGGGAUGGUGUAUGGUGAGUCUCCUAGGUGAGACUUGCACAUGUGGCUCUUUCGCCCCUCUUCAGUGGCUCCCUGUGGCUUUGACAAUACAUAGAAAUUAAUAACAGCUAUCUUUUAACAUUUUAAUUUUUCACUGUUGUAGGCCUUGAGUGAUUCUUACAUUCUCCAUUGUAAAAUGUGUAGCCUAAUUACAGAAGAAAAAAAAUGUUUUGUGUUUUUACACAACUAUAUGUGCAUCAUAUGGCCAAUCGCCUUUUCCUUUAAAUAUUGCCGAACCUCAACAGCGAUGGCUUGUCUUGGAUCUCCCUCGUUUAGCUAGCUAUGGAUUCCAGAUCCAAAAAAGUCUUGGAGGACAACAGAGAAUUAAACAGUGCAUGGACGUAUUUGUUUGCUUUUACCACCAACCCUGCAAAGUUAAAGUACCAAACAAUCAUAAAUACCCCACUACUUGUGGUGAAACAUAUAUUUUAAUUGCUCAUUUAGACUCAUUGUUACCUUGAUUAUAAGGCUAAAAUAUGUUUUGUGGCUCCAGGCAGAUUAUUUGAGAGCUUUUUUGACCCAAAAUGUUUUUUUAUAUUAAAGGUUUCUGACCCCUGACCUAACCACGUGUUAACCACAGCAUUACUGAAACAUGAAAUUUCAACGUAUCCGGUACAGAAUAGUGUGCAAAUGCAACAUAUCUGUAGUUUGCAGAAAAAAACAAUGCCAGAAUUUUUUUUGGGGCCACUGGGUUGCUUUAAGUAUGUGAGACUUUGUUGUAGGAGGUAAAAAACAAAAACCUUUAAAACUAAUGUUUUUUUUUUUUUUUAUAGCUUAUUUAUAAUCAUUAUAAGUGUACCUGUUUCAGCAUCACCAAUGUCACUGUUUACUGAAAACCAUGCAUCUCCAAAGUAUCCCUUUAUUGGCUGAAAAAAAUGUUUUCUAAGAUAAACCAUGAGAAAACCCGUAAUGUUAUUUAAAAUUGUCGCAAAGCUAAAAACAGGCUGUCUCAGCUCAGGAAAAGCUUGUGUUUAGGACAUACGUAGUUUUAACAGGAAAGCAUAUUUGUGGGUACAGAAUGGAUCUAAUAAAAUUGUGAUAAAAUUGUGGGUUACACAAUUCACACACACAAGCACACACCCGGUCCCUCAAAGAGGCCUUUGAAGAAGUGAAGGCCGACCAAAAUGUCCUCACUUCCACAAAUGUCCUCAUUCUGCUGGUCAAAAACUUGCCGCGGUCCUCAGUAUGUCACAAGAACAAGUAGAAACACACACAGACAUACCUCACAGUGAACCAAAACCACAUAAAAGUCUUCACAUAUUAAUUUAUUUGAAAUGAGUUGCAAUGCAAUGUGGGCACAAACACUUGUACCAUGACAGUCAAUAAUAUGGUUACAAAACUGAACAUUUACAUAAUAAAUUAAUAUACUGCAGUACCACAUGAGACAGUAAACAUAAAACCCCAAACUGGGGAAUUAUAUCGCAUUAAAAACAAAAAGGAGUCGGUUUAAUGUACAAAAAUUUUCAGGCAUUUACAAAGGCAGCCUCUUCUUCUGUUGCUUGUCUUGUUGUAUGUGUAUAAAUAUAAAUCUCUAAAUUGUAGUUACACUGAUAUGUCUGCUAACGAGAGACCAGAUGAGGAGCUCUGGCCUGAGACGAGAUCCAGAUCCUUCCAUGCCGACUGCCAUUUCAUUAUAAAACUAAACAGAUUUUAUUUAAGCUUUUGUAAGAUUAAGAUCAAUUUAGGAUUUUUUAUUUCCCUUUAAAUGGCCUCAAGCCAUUUGAUGUUUAACCCUUUUUGAUAACUUCUUAACAGGUUAAUUUAAUGCUUAUUUAAGUUCUUCUGCAUUCCACUGCGACAUGCACUUGUCCCUUUAGUGUGAUAUUUAUACGUCUGUAAACAAAUUGAUCAUUAUUAGAAAUGUUUGCAGCAGUAAAGUGCAUGUAGCACAUGCUAGAUUGUGAAUGUUUGCAAGCUGGCAACAGUAGAAACAACAGUUACAUAUAAAUAGUUAAAUAUAGCACUACAAGCUUCUGUCUUCCUUUACAAAAGAAUAAAACAGACCCCUUAAAUUUAAGAAACUUUGUGCAAUCUUCCCCAACAUCCGUUAACUUUAUCACACCCCUUGUCAUCUUCCUAUGCCCUUUUCUUCUGGCCACAUGCACCAAAAACAUGCUUAAAAUGUUUAACCCGUGAAAUUAAAUUCCUUCGUACAAGUUUCACCUUCUCACAUUAAAGUUUGUCGCUGGAUGUUACAACUGCAUCUACGCUAUCGUCACUAGACUGCUACACCAAGCGGAUGCUACUGUGCUGUUUAACUGCUAGCUACACCUACUACUGUUACUACUAAGUGGAGUCUAGGCCUUAAAGCAUUAACUUGUGUUUCAACAAAUCACGGCGUAAUCAACAUCUGUAAUGCUACCCUGGUUUAGUACAAGAGGCUGCCGUGAUGACCUCCACUGGCUCGUCAAGGUAUUUAGAGAAAUUUGUGAAAAGUGCAGCGAGUCUAGCUGAUAAAAAGUUUCCAGAAACAUACAAAGACUCAGGAAUGUCAGUACCUUUCAGAAAGAGAUUUUGAAACACUGAUGAUCGUACCUGAGAGCUAGACUAGACCUGAUCCGACAGUGUGUGGUGCACCUGUAGUCGCUGGUGAUCUGAACAUCAGUGUACCAACAGAUAUGCAGUGUUAGAUUGGUGGUACGCUGUUUUAAAGGGGUGCUACAGUGAUUUAAUAUUGCAUUGCAAUGAUGUGUUGGGAGACUUGCAAAGGACACAUUAAAAAAAAAACAA